AUGUCUUUCAUGGCCCCAAUGGCUGAAGAGCCCUUUUAUCGCUCUCAACCCGACAAAGGUUUCGAGUCGUGUAAUUUUUCGUACAACGCCGAAAAGGUCCAGAUCCACAACGCACGCCCAGCCAAAGAUCGGUUUCAGCUUGACACGCACGGCUUCGCCUACGUAGACGAUGCCGAAGGCGCAGCGUUCGUAGAGCAACUCCGCAAGAACGAGGACGGUGCCAAAGAGCGCUACUACGGGCAUGUCGAGCGGCUGGUCAAGAAACACACUGGCGCCUCUCGGGUCGUCGUGUUCGACCAUACCAUGCGCCGCCGGGAGCCCUCGCUGGCCGGCAAGAACCCCGAUGGCCGAGAACAGCCGGCAGCCUACGUGCACAUCGACCAGUGA